AUGACUGAAGGAAUAAUUAUAUCGGAUUCAAUAAUAAAGGAGAAAGGCCGCCAUUUUGCAGAAGAAAAAGUAAAAGUGACUGUAUUAUUUUGCUCCAAUUUGACUGGUUCUCAUAAGUUUUGUCCACUGGUUAUUGGCACUUCUAAAAAACCCCAAUGCUUUAAUGGUUUAAAUAUUUUACAAUUACCUGUAACAUAUAAAACUUCUCACAUUGUUCUGGAAACAAUUGAAACUUGGGAUGAUAAUAUAGAUAAUAUAGAUGAUGAAAUGUUAUCUGAGAAUGAUUCUAUUGAUAAAAUGGAAGAGCUCCAAGAAGAAUUCAGUUAUUUAGAGACUAACUUAUUUCCAGAGGCUGAAAGAGAAUAUCUUGAAGCAUUAGGAAUAUUAGAACCUAUUUCGCAAUUUCAUCAAACAGAUAUUAUUAGUUCAGGAUGUGAAUUAUUAGAUGAUCAUUAUCAAGUUGAAAUAGGAAAAGAAA